CCGAAGCGUAAACAGAAGUCGCUACCAUACGGCAUUGAACGCAGCAAUCGACACCACAACACCGUUGCCAUCGCUUGGUAUUUACCGCAUCUCGCGCAGAACGACGAUGCGAUCGUGAUUAGAACAGAAGCGCAUCUUGGACAGCCUUCGGUUCACGUUUGCGACGCGUCUGAUUUCACCCUCGAGAAGACAGCUCCAUCUAAAGACGACACGACCGCGCAACAUUGGACACACAAUUGGCAAAAUUACCAAACUUGAACCUCAAAAUCCGCGUCAGCCAUGAUGGCACGUACAGCAGCCACAUCAUCAAGAGGUGGGAGAACGAGUACGGGCUCGGCAGGAACUCCGUCGCGCGGCAGAAUGGUACCCACAAGAGGAGGCAGAGGAGGAAGAGCAAGUCGCGGAGGGAAAGAGCCCAGACGAAGUAGCGGCGUAGCAGAAAGUCCGCGAAAGAAGCGCAGAUAUAAGCCUGGCACGGUGGCUUUGAAGGAGAUUCGUCGGUAUCAGAAGUCUACGGAGUUGUUGGUUGCGAAGCUACCGUUCUCGCGAUUGGUCCGCGAAGUUUGUAUGAAUGUUGCGCCUCCUGGAUCGGAAGUCACAAGGUGGCAAUCACAAGCUAUCCAGGCGUUACAAGAAGCCGCCGAGGCUUUUCUGGUGCAUUUGUUCGAGGAUUCGAAUCUUUGCGCUAUUCACGCGAAGCGUGUAACGAUUAUGCAAAAGGACAUACAGUUGGCACGGAGAAUUCGUGGAGCUUGGGGAGGAUUGGGCUGACGCUUGGGAUGGACGAAGAAGUUGUUGUUUCUUGUUCUGGAUGAUCAUUGUUGUUGUGCUCAGCGAGGCGUCUGGCGAAGUUUUUGUUUUUGGGUCUUGGAAUGUGAUGACACCAGACUUUGGAGGCAGACACGGAUGAGGACGUGGCUCUUUGGACAGUUCUUAUCUUGAUAUAUGUCAGAUGCUUGAAUCAGAAUACACAUGUUCACUGCCAAAGCCUCGUGA